AUGACGCUGAGUUUGAUGAAGGGGAAGCUGAAGGGGGCUCAGCAGGGCCACUCGCUGCUGAAACGUAAAUCUGAGGCCCUGACCAAGAGAUUCAGAGACAUCACCAAACGGAUAGACGACGCCAAGAGGAAGAUGGGCCGUGUGAUGCAGACGGCGGCGUUCUCACUGGCUGAGGUUUCGUACGCGACAGGCGGCAACAUUGGAUACCAGGUGCAGGAAUCUUUCGAGGCAGACAUCGACGAGAGCAUCAACGACUUCAAGAUGACGGGUCUGGGAAGAGGAGGACAGCAGGUUCAGAAGGCCAAGGACGUCUACACGAAGAGCGUGCAGACGCUUGUGGAUCUAGCGUCGCUGCAGACCGCGUUUGUCAUUCUGGACGAGGUGAUCAAGGUGACCAACCGAAGAGUGAACGCCAUCGAGCACGUGAUCAUUCCGCGCACGGAAAACACCAUUGCGUACAUCAACUCGGAGCUGGACGAGCUUGACAGAGAGGAGUUCUACCGGCUGAAGAAAGUGCAGGAGAAGAAGCAGCAGGCUAACGCGCAGCUUGAUGCCGAGAACGCCGCGCGGAAGGCCAAGGCGCUUGCCGAGCAGCCGCAGGAGUCGCAGGAGGUGCCUGACCUGACUGCGCAGACAGAAGACGACGUGAUAUUUUAA